AUGAAUUUUUUUGGUGCUUUCGUCACUACUCACAUUUUAAAGCCAUUUGUACCACUUUUGGAAACGACUGUGUCAGAUCUUCAAGUGACAAGCAUCCAGAUCCAGGAGCAAACUACCGAAUGCCAUCUCAGGAGCGACUCCAUCCAUAUUCGUUUGAGGGUUGCUUCGCUACCAGAUGAAGUGGUAAGUUUACUCGAAGAGUCGGCAGAGAUUCUGAAGUCUAUAAGAGGAGGGCAUGUAGAUGAUACGACUUUGACAGAAUUCAAGGCAAAGCUGUUGGCUGUUGGCGAAGAGAGUCUACUCUCUUACCGAGGAUGUCGGUGGUACAGAAAAAGCGAAGAAGAGAUUGCUGAACUUGUUGAGAGGGCAGAGCCAAAGCUAACAUUCACAUCAAUGGAAUUCCUAGCUAUCAUAGAAAGCUUAGAACAGCAGCGAGUGAAUUGCUCAUCCGUUCCUACCCUCCUCAAGCUUUUCAGAAUCCAAGCAAAUUUGCACCACAUUUCUCGCUAA